GGGUGACAUUGAUUCACAAUCGCUUAUGCUUCCUAACUGGACAGAUUGAAAGCCCUUAAGUUCAAACCUCUUCGAUGUGAAUGGACUAAAAGGAUUUCAACCACAACAGUCCUCCCAACACAACUGAACUAUACUGACUGUCUGUUAAACCGUUGCAUGCAAAAGCCGGUCAAGCUCCCCUCAUCCCUCCAAAAACAAAUAAAAUAAUACAGCACAUUGAAAAAGUAUGGUAAUAACUGUGGUUUAGGAGUUGUUUCUGUUUUUCAGGGAGGGGGUGUUUCCAUUGUAAAAUACAGGGCCCUGGUGAAACAAAAUCCUCAGCAACUAUUUAAAUGAUUCAGAGGUAUUCUGUACACACAAUGAUCCCAAUUAGUCCUGUAAUAGGUUAUGUGUAAUAACAACAUGGUAGAGUUCUAUGCUAGUGAGUAACACCAAAGAUUGAAAGACAAUACUCUCAGCUUUCAGCAGACCCCCUGGAUACCCAGAUAGGGCCUACCGUUCUCAUGUAAGACUACAUUUAAUUAAGAAACAGAUGUGUACCCCACAUAUGGGGUACUUAUAUUCAGGGACUUGGUUAAUUUACUUGGUUUUAUACUGUGACGAUUAUGUUUUCUUUUAAUAUUUUUUAGCACUGUGUUGUUAUUCAUUGAUACUAACGUUCAGCCGUGUUGGUUUGACAGCUAUGGCAUCUGUGUGAGAUCCUAUUUAAAGCGAUUGUUUUAAAGGGCUGUGUUUAGGACUUUUUUAUUGUAAUACAACAAACAUUUUGUAAUAUAUCUGCACUAAUAAUGGAAUGUGUGUUUCACAACAUUUAUUCAACAGAAAUAAUUAAGGAGUACAAAAGGGCAUCUUGAAACAUACAAUAGGACAUCCUGAAACAUCUAUUUGUUGAAUAGAAAAGCUUGAGCCUCCUUCACCUCUACUGAAAACACUAAGACGUCUCUCCAGAGCAGAUCACCAUUUUGUAACAACAGACCCAUUAAUUGUAACACAAUGCAACAAAACUCCACAUGAACUACCGCCUACACUAGCAUUUGAACACUAUUGACACCUUUAUUGAUUUGCUAAUUACACAACUCUCUGCUGACCACCAAGUUUACAUUAUCUUGUGCAACAAACGACAAAGUGAGCUGUAUACAAAGGGAUUGUUCUGGUUCAUGUUUUCUGUGAAUCCCUAUCAUAUCCUUUUUGGUCUUCCCUGUUCACAUUUGAGUUCAUAAUUUCAUUCUCUUCAGCUGUGUUGUGCCCCACCUGUUACAGUUCCCAUUGUAAUCUGUGUAUUUAGUUCAGCUCCUCCUCAGUCCUUGUGGAUCCAUAUCAUGGUUGAUGUUUUCGUCUGGCGUUUUCGCAUUUGUUAUUCAGCAUGUCUGUACAGCAUGUCCUGUAUAUUUCCAGUGUACUGUGUUUUUUUUUUUUCUAGGUUGCAUUAAACCCUCUUCAGUUGCUCCUGCAUUUACUACUGCCUCCCAUCCUUCAAAUCUUACAGAUUGAAACUCAGCUGAGGAAUAAUACAGAACCACACUUUUUGGAAAGUUCCAGAACAAAGGACAUUUAAGAAUGAGAGUUUUUUCUGUAGUGUUUCUACUGUUGGCACCAGGCUGCUUGCUGUCAGUCUCUUUGGGAGACAACCAGGAACAGAAAGCAUGCUGCUUAUCUGACCCUGGUUGCCUGAUGAAAGAACUGGUAUCUAUUGGAGAGAAACUAGGAACCAUGUUGGAGAAACAAGGAACUAUGGGGGAUAACCUGAGACUCAUGGAGACCAGGUUACAAACCAGUGAGAAGGAAGUGGAGGAGCUGAAGAGAUUAACUGGAGGCCAGCCUAAAGUGGCCUUUUCUGCUGCCCUCCGACCGUCAGGCUCUGGGGAAACUGGACCUUUCAACGCUGACACUGCUCUUCAGUACAAGAAGGUCUUCUCAAACACCGGCAACUGUUACAACUCGGCCACAGGAGUCUUCACAGCCCAGGUCAAAGGGAUGUACUAUUUCCGUUUCACCCUGAGGAACAACUGGCAAUCUGCUCCUAAUUCUGUGGCGUGGCUGUCCAAGAACGACCAGAGGCUGGUGUCUGUCUGGGACAAUGACGGGUCUGAUUUAAAUGACAGUGGCAGCAAUGCAGUGGUCAUUCCCCUGGAGGUGGGAGAUCAGGUCUAUGUGGUGUUGCAGGCUAAAAGGCUGAUCUAUGAUGACCCCAUGAACUACAACACAUUCAGUGGCUUCCUGCUCUUCACCAUGUAAACAUGGAACACAGUUUUACUACUAACAGUCUAGCAGUUACAUUCAUAUAAUUCAGCAGACAAUCUAGUCUUCUAUGCUUCAUAGCAAACAAUGUGGCAAUAAUGCAAAUAAAAUAUACAGCGGA